AUGUUAUGUUCGCUGUAUGAUACAUUGGUACCGAUGUGUGUUCACGGCUACCGUUACGCUUUCGUCGUGUUUGUCUCCGACGGCCCCUUCGUUCAUUUUUCGGACCUUGGACAACUGGCCCUUUCUGUUAGAUGUGGUUUUAUAACCGUGACGUAUGCUAUUCUACAUGCGCAUUUCAUAUUCCGAUAUUUUGUGUUGUAUAAAAAUGCGCUACUUCAAAAAUGGUUCAUGCCUUAUGGUUUAGUCGCUACAUUUGUUUACUGUGUAUGUCAUAUGGCAUUAUGGACGUGGGUCUGCGAAUUCUUCUUUUACGGGGAUUACGAGCGUAAAAGAUACGUCCAUGAUUCUUUCAAAGGCCUUUAUCAUGAAGAUUCACUGAAUAUGACUAUGGUGGUUGCUCUUUAUUGGGAAGGAAGUAAUGAUGCAGUGAUUAUUAAAAAAUUAAAAGUGCAAAGUUCCCUUAGCGAGAAGACCAUCAAUCUUCAACGUCAAUUAUUUAAUGCUCUCGCAAUCCAAACCGUAAUCCCAAUCUGUGUUAGCCUCAUGCCGUGUCUUGCUGUAUGGUUUGGGCCAGUGUUUCUUCUUGAUUUCCGUUGGGUUUAUUUAUCAGCCGUAAUUGCUGUUUCCAUUUUCCCAUCUAUCGAUCCAAUCGCACUGAUAUUUUUCUUGCCAGCGUUACGCAAGAGGGUCUUGAUUAUAAGAAUUCGUGUUACUCAUGUCAACUCACACUUGAAUUGA